UCACUCUGAGGUCUGACAAGUGACUCGCUCGGUCUCUCCUGUAAGGCUGUGAUAAUGACACCCAUGGUGCAUCUGUUGUUGCUCCCAUUCCUAUUCAGCAUUGCCAGUGGGAAGGAUCUGGAGGAGAAGAAGGGCCCAUUUGAGAAUACAGUGCUAGAUGUGCCUGAAGGGACACCAGUGCCUUAUCCGAUAUACCAGUUUGAGGUUGAACAAGCAGGAGUUAAUGAUUUCCAGCUAAGCGGAGAAGGUACGAGCCACAUUAAGAUCUCAAAGGAUGGUUGGCUUUACCUGGAGAAACCUCUGGACUGGUCACGAGAAAAUCAUUUCAUUACCACGGUGGAGGCGUUGGCAGAUGGUGUAGUAGUGGAUGGCCCUGUUUAUGUGACCAUAAAUGUUUUAGAUGUCAACAACAAUGCUCCCACCUUCAAUCAGAGCAGCUAUACAACUUUGGUUCGAGAAAACAAUCCAGCAGGUGUUCCAUUCACUCGAGUGUUUGCAUCAGACCUGGAUGACCCAGAGACUCCCAAUGCUCUGCUGAGCUACAGUCUGGUCAGCCAGAUCCCCAACAAUCACAACAUCCUCCUGUUCCAGAUUGAUCCCAACACAGGAGAGAUCUCCACCACAGCAGAAGGAGAAAAGAUGCUGAAGUCCAAACAAGGAAUCCAGUAUGCCAGGGGAGAAGACCGGAGCAUUGAUGCUCUGAAAGGAAAGUUUGAUGAGUAUUGUUCAGUGCCGAAGGUCCCUUAUGAAGAAAACCCAUUCUUCACCUGCGUGGAGAGAGCAGAGAUAAGGAGGCGGAACAAGGACCCACUGGAGGACCCAGACUACACGCUGAUCGUGCGUGUGCAGGACCUGGGUGGAGCUUCAGCGACUGCACUGAGUGGAAAUGCAAGAGUCCACAUUGCUGUGCAGCAGAACCGAUGGAUCAACCCUGGACCCAUAUCUAUUAAAGAGAACUUAAAGGAUGCUUUCCCCAAAGUCAUUACAAAGGUCCACUCUAAUGACCCUGAUGCCAUUUACACAUUAGUGCAGAAAGAGCGAGAGCUGAGAUUCCCUUUCCAGAUCACAGAAGAUGGGGAAAUACUGGUGACGGAGGGGCUGGACAGAGAGGAAAAGGACAUGUACAUCCUGGUUGUGUUCGCAAAGGACGACAAUGACAAAGAGGUGGAUCCACCAAUGGAGAUUCAGGUCUUGGUGGAGGAUGAGAAUGACAACGAACCAGUGUGUGAGGAAGAGGAGAGUGUGUUUGAAAUUCAGGAGGAUGAGCCUGAAGGCAGCGAGGUAGGAACGCUGUUGGCCCAUGACAGCGAUGAAGAAGGGACCUUGAAUUCUCAGCUGGCUUACACCAUUGUGUCACUAAAUCCACCCACUGCAUCCAACACCUUCUCCAUCGAUGAGGCCUCUGGAAGAAUUCAGGCGCUGCGUGUGCUUAGACGAAAAGAGCAGCGGGUCUACAACCUCGAUGUCAGAGUUAGUGACUCAGAUUUCAGCACGGUCUGUAAAGUGGUCGUCAAAGUCAUUGAUGUCAACAACGAGAUGCCCAUAUUUGAGAAGAAUAAUUAUGGCAACCACUCUCUGACUGAGGACACUCCGGUGGGGCACACAGUGCUGACCAUUACAGCAUCUGAUGCUGAUGACCCUGACAGCGGCAGCUCGCUCAUUGAGUUCCACAUCUCUGCAGGCGACAAUGAUGGAGUCUUCAACGUGGAAACUGAUGGCACAGGUGUCGGUCAUCUGGUUAUAGCGAAGCCUCUGGACUUUGAAUCAUCUUCUACCUACAACCUCCAGAUCGAUGCUCGCAACCCAGAGCCACUGAUGAAAGGUCUUGAGUAUGGCAGUGAUUCUACCACUGUUGUCUCUGUGUUUGUGAGUGAUGUGGACGAGGCCCCGGAGUUUAGCCUGGACAUCCUGGAUGUGACAGUCCCUGAAAACACCACCAAGGGAUCAGUGCUUCUCACUGUGCAAGCAAAGGACCCAGAAGGGAAAGACAUUGGCUUUAAGUUGGACGGUGACACACAAGGUUGGUUGGAGAUCGACGCUGCCACAGGACAGAUCAAGACCAAAGCCAACCUGGACAGAGAGAAACUGGAAACUUUUGAAGUCACUAUUACCGCCUUUGAGAAGGAAAACCCUGAGAAGUCCUCUGAGCGUGUCCUCCAUGUACGGCUGCUGGAUGUCAACGAUGACUUCCCAAAACUGAUUGAGACGCAGGCUUUCAUCUGCACGAAGGACCUCAAACCUGUCAUCCUCAAAGCUGAAGAUAAAGACAGUGACCCUUUCUCCCAACCUUUCACUUUUGCCUUUGACAAACAAGCCAAAUCCCCCAACUGGGAGCUGCGCAAACUUGAUGAUACAACAGCUGAACUGCGCUUGAAGAAAAGACCAACUGAAGACAGAACCUUCUCUCUUCACAUCAACAUUAAAGACAACGCAGGUGUUGGAGUCACGCAGGCACUUGAGGUAAAAGUAUGCAACUGCACAGAGCUGGGCUACUGCUACAUCCCUCCAGAUGGAAAGUCAUUCAAACUCGGGCUGGGAAGCACCAUCGGAAUCCUGGCAGGUGCUCUGGGACUUUGUGCUGUCAUCCUCAUCAUAGUGAUCAAACGGUCAAAAAAGCAAGGGGGCAAGAAGAAAGGCCCGGGUGAUGAGGAGGAGCGGAACGCCAUGACACAAAGUUAGAGACACAUGUGAAGUUUUAUUUAUAUUCACUGAUAUCACAAAAUAGCCCCACAAGGCUUUGCAAGUUGUAGAACAUGCAUACAUCCUCUGUUAUUACAUCUUUGACAUGGAUCAGUAUCCCAACCAAUCUUUUAUGCUUGUGAGAAAAUGCUUUCACCAGACCUUAAGUAUUUAUCGUAUGGUUUUUUAAGGUGUCUUUUCACAGUCCGAGCAGAGUGCAAAUUAGACUUCACAUCCUCAACAGUCCUAUUUACAGUCUCUUUAACCCUUGAUCAAAUACCAUUGUGGCUGUCAGACUAAUGAAGUUACAAAAAUUAAUAGACCCUUUAAAAGUGCCUAAAACUCAGAUUAGUCCUGACAGGUAUACACACUCAUUUACUUUAGUUUAUUUUAUUAUAUUUUACGGAUUUGAGUUUGAUUAAUAGGUGCUGUGCAUACCUGAUUAACUUGGAAGGUAUUUCCUGCCAGUCAAGCAUUUGCACAGCUUGUUGACUUAAUAUAUUAAAAUUUUAUUCUUAGAGUCCAGCUGCUGUGUUAUCAGCUCUCAUGCUGAUGUUCAGCAACAUGUCAAUGAACAAUUAUUUCUCUGUUUCCUUUUUUUUUUUUUGUAAAGAGCUGUUAUU